AUGAAGGCAAACACCUGCCUUACAACCUACCGGCCCACAGGAAGGCAGACACCUGCCUUACAACCUACCGGCCCACUGGAAGUCAGACACCUGCCUUACAACCUACCGGCCCACAUGAAGGCAAACACCUGCCUUACAACCUACCGAACUACAAGGGGCCAGACACCUGCCUUACAACCUACCGGCCCACAUGAAGGCAAACACCUGCCUUACAACCUACCGGCCCACAUGAAGGCAGACACCUGCCUUACAACCUACCGGCCAACAUGCAGGCAUACACCUGCCUUACAACCUACCGACCCACAGGAAUGUAGACACCUGCCUUACAACCUACCGACCCACAGGAAUGUAGACACCUGCCUUACAACCUACCGGCCCACAUGCAGGCAGACACCUGCCUUACAACCUACCGGCCCACAGGCAGGCAGACACCUGCCUUACAACCUACCGACCCACAGGAAUGUAGACACCUGCCUUACAAGCUACCGACCCACAGGAAGGCAGACUCCUGCCUUACAACCUAGAGACCCACAGGCAGGCAGACACCUGCCUGACAAGCUACCGACCCACAGGAAGGCAGACACCUGCCUUACAAGCUACCGACCCACAGGAAGGCAGACUCCUGCCUUACAACCUAGAGACCCACAGGCAGGCAGACACCUGCCUUACAAGCUACCGACCCACAGGAAGGCAGACACCUGCCUUACAACCUAG